AUGGCUGCGCCCACACCAGUAACGACAGUCUUUCCAACACAAUCGAUGCCUGCAUGCGCAACGGCAUGUGGUCCCCUAUACGAUGUCAACGGAGCCUGCGCAACCACGACAGCCGCCGCCAAUGUUCUCCAGAAAUGCUUCUGCGGUGAUGCACGAUUAGCUCCAUUCAGUACCGGCACCGCCGGUGUGUGCGAUGCUGCUUGUACGGCUAGUCCUACAGAUUUGGCAAAGAUUCAGGCAUGGUACACAGGCUACUGCAAGGCCACUGCGACAACGACUGGCACAGCAGCAACGUCGACAGGUACUGCUGUCGCCAGCAAGGAUAAAGGCGGAGGCUCAUGGAUGCACAACCACUACCAAUGGAUCAUCUUCCUCGUCAUCAUCGUCGUCGCUUUCGUCGGCAUCUGGAUAGGCGCCUGCUUCUGGCGGCGGGCCUACCUCCGCAAGCGUGACCGUAAGUUCGCGCUUGGCCACAACAUGGCCCACACCACCGAGUCAGGCCGGGUGGUUCCCAACGACGGCGCGCAUGUUCCCGGUGCGACCAUGUUCUCCCCGGCGCCCAUCGCCGAGGCUACCGUGUUUGACGAGAAGCCCAAGAAGACGAAGAAGAAGUGGACUGUUACGGAGAGGACAUGAGUUAUUGCCAUUGGGCCUUGCUUACCUUCACUCACGUAUAUGGCUGUCGAGUUGAACGGUUGCUUUUCCUGUUGACGACACGGAGGGAAAGAAAAAGAAACACCUGAUAAAUACGCCUCGGACCCAUCUUCGCCGGUUAUCAACCCACGACAUCGACGUCGACACGAUAGAUCUGUCUUUCGCCGCCGUCGUCCUCAUCGCCUACCGCCCCUCUCCAUGUCCCUCCUCUCUUCGAACGGGGGGUCAUGUUUCGCUUAUCAUUUUUAGUCACCAUCAUCAUCCUUCCGCUCUUUUUGGGUAUCAACCGCGCGGGGGUCCAUGUUAUUUCCGCCUGUCUGUCCACCUCUGGGUUGGGCUUCGGACAUUCUCUCAUCUAGUCGGCGUUGCGGCGAAAUUUUCCAUCAUUUUGGUUUUCUUAUACAUGGACGGGGUGGGGGCGGGGGCUGGGUGCUUGAGGAG